ACAGAUCCGCUCUGUGUUUACGUUGAGAUGCUCACAACAAAGGACGGCGCAUCGCGGAGAGCCUGUCAUUUAAAAUAAAACACCGUAUUUUGUGUCACGGUGAGCGUUUGUAAGUCAUAACUCCGGGAACAGGAGAACAAAUAACACAAGCUCCCAGGGCUAUUUUUUUUUUGUUUUGUUUUUACGUGGUAACGGAGCGGGUUUACUUUUCUUUAUUUUUUUUGCCUAAAAAAAAAGGGAGAAAUUAAGACGAUUUUUAAUUUUUUUAUGCCGGUGGAGCGUUAGCUUGCUUGCUAGCAUCAGCAAGUUGGGGGAAAAGCCAGGCAGGCAGCAGCUGGUGGAGAAGCUAGCAGCCCAGUCAGCCACACCGAAGACAAUAAAAGGAGUUCAUCAUUCAUAUCGCAGUCAGGACAAGUGGCGCUGCGAGAGACGGACACAUGAAGCAUGCGAGGGUGGAGCUGAGGCUCAGCUGACCCUCCCCCUUCCUUCUCCUCCUUUCCCUCGUGGUCCAUUCGAUUAGCACCUCCCCCCUCCCUUCCCCUCCUCUCCCCUUCCUGUCUCCCUCGCCCUGUCGGAUCUUGCCUCCCCUCCUCCUCAAAGCCUUAAUCAGCCGUGCCCAAUGUACUCCCCGGAGCAAGAAAACAUCUCCACAACAGCCUCCACCAAAGUGCCAGUGAAGUAUGGAGAGCUUAUUGUGCUGGGGUACAAUGGCUCUCUGCCCAAUGGAGACCGAGGCCGACGUAAAAGCCGCUUUGCACUUUGUAAGAGGCCGAAGGCAAAUGGAGUGAAACCCAGCACGGUUCACGUCGCCUGCUCUCCACAGGCAGCCAAGGCCAUAAGCAACAAAGACCAGCACAGCAUCUCUUACACUCUGUCUCGAGUCCAGACGGUGGUGGUGGAGUACACCCAUGACAGCAAUACAGACAUGUUCCAGAUCGGUCGUUCGACAGAGAGUCCCAUAGACUUUGUUGUGACGGACACAGUGGCGGGCAGCCAGAGUAACGCAGACACCCAGUCGGUCCAGAGCACCAUCUCGCGCUUCGCCUGCCGCAUCAAGUGCCAGCGCACGCCACCUUACACCGCACGCAUCUACGCCGCGGGGUUUGACUCCUCCAAGAACAUCUUCCUAGGGGAGAAAGCUGCUAAGUGGAAGACGCCUGAUGGUCAAAUGGACGGGCUGACCACCAACGGCGUGCUGGUGAUGCACCCUCGAAACGGCUUCACCCAGGACUCCAAACCCGGCGUCUGGAGGGAGAUCUCGGUCUGCGGCAAUGUUUUCACCCUGCGGGAGACCCGCUCGGCACAGCAGCGGGGAAAGAUGGUGGAGACUGAGAGUCAGGAGCUGGUCGACGGCUCUCUCAUCGACCUUUGCGGUGCCACUCUGCUGUGGCGCACAGCUGAAGGCCUGGCGCGCACUCCCACCCUCAAACACCUGGAGGCGCUGCGGCAGGAGAUCAACGCAGCCCGCCCGCAGUGUCCCGUAGGCUUCAACACGCUGGCCUUCCCCUCCAUGCGUCGUAAGGACACGCCGGACGAGAAGCAGCCCUGGGUCUACCUCCAGUGUGGCCACGUCCACGGCUACCAUAACUGGGGCAACCACCGCGAGGAGAGGGAGGGCCGGGAGGGCCGGCUCAGGGAGUGUCCCAUGUGCAGAGCUAAAGGGCCGUAUGUGCCGCUGUGGUUGGGCUGCGAGGCAGGGUUUUACGUAGACGCUGCCCCUCCCACUCACGCCUUUAACCCCUGCGGCCACGUUUGUUCGGAGAAGACAGCAGCCUUCUGGAGUCAGAUCCCGCUGCCGCACGGCACACACACCUUCCACGCCGCCUGCCCCUUCUGUGCCCAGCAGCUGACUGGUGAGCAGGGCUACGUCAGACUCAUCUUCCAGGGACCCCUCGACUAGCAGGAAACACUUCCCAGCAUCCUCUGGGAGAGGCAGAGCGGGGAGCUUUUCACUGAGACACUGGCCUUGCAAACGGGGAGCUACCCAGAUUUGUUUUCUUUCCUCUGCGGUUAAGAUAAAACAGACUUUUUUCUGGACUUUUUGUCUCUUUCUCAUAUUUAAGUGACCUUUGUAUUGCUUUUUCAUGAAUGACAACAAAGAUUUCUAUAUUUUCAUGUGAAACCAGAGACACAAAAACCAAACAAAGAACACUGCUGGGUUAAACGUUUUGUUUGUUUCUCUGAAAGAACUUUCAACAACAGUAUUUUCUAAAUUACUAACACACCGUAGUGCAAACAAACGGUUUUUAUUCAUGUUUAUUGUUGCAAUAUUCAUCUGUGUACAUCUCUUAGAGCUAAUUUAAACAAAGAUGUUUAUUUAAGGCCCCUCGCUUCAUCUUUUAUCUGUCAGAUAUGCCUAACUUCAAUACUAUUUAGCAUUUUAAUUUGAAAACACAGUAUAUUGUUAAUCAGAUAUAAAGUUCUGGGUGUGUUCUGAGGGUUUCGUUCUGUGUCUCUCCCCCACGUUCACCUCUCAGAUCUGUUUGUCGUAUUUAUACACCCCGUCCUCUGGCGUGCUCUCACUUUGUGUGUGUUAACCCUUCAGUUAUACUUGUCUCUCAUUAGGCAUCACCUCGGCCUUUUCCACAUUCAAAGCAAUAGAUUUGGAACGGAGACCUCCUAAAGCAUUAUGGGAAACAGAGUCUUCUAGGCGUCUUGUGUAACGCUCAGGCAGCCUGAACUCCCUUUAAAGUCCGAGUGAAACGUUUUCUCUGGGUGAGUGAAUCUUUUCUGAUCACAGGUUAGCCACGAUAACGCAGCUAUGUAGCUAAUGUCACAAAUUAUGCAGACACACACACAAACACUAACCGGACCCGGUCAAAUACCUUUUAUUAUAUUGAAAGUGGAAACAAAAACAGAUGAUGGUUUGGGGCUUACUUGCACAGUUGCAGCAAGAACAAUAAUACAUAUUUUGACAGAAACAGAACUCUGAUCAGUAUUAGUUCCAGUUUUAAGUAAUAAAUUUGUAAUAAAUAAUAAUAACUUUUGGUAUCUUAACAUCGUAACUGUUUCUAACUGGCAUUUAAAUGAAAUUAAACUUUCAUUACAGCCUGUAUUGUGUAAGAUACUGUUAUCGAGAGUCACCCACGAGUAACUGUGCGUCCUAUUAGGGGCUGAUAAUGAUUUAAUUCACCAAAUCAUGCAUGAUUUUAAACACUAGUCAUGGUUUGUUGAGACCUAAUGAGUUGAGAAGGAAAGUCAUAUUGCUUCUCUUUUUUUCUCUCACCCGAGUUGUAACAGUGCAAGAAGCCCCGUCCACCUCAUUCAUCGAGCAACUGUAGCCGUUUGACUCAGGUUUGAUGCACACGAACACACGCAUGGCUUCAAGCUACACUAUUCUCUUUACGGAUGUGUGUUUGUGUUUACUCAUCAGGGUUUAAUUUGUGCUCUCCAAACAGUGUGUUGAAGUGGUCCCCAUGGAGCAUUUUAUGGGGAUGAGCUUUACAGUGUGAGUACAAAAUAUCGGGACUGCCUGGUUCUUUCUUUGUAAACUGAAAACUAUGAUCAGAACUGUUAUGUUUAUACUGUAUAUUCUAAUAGCUUUCCAAUAACAGGGCUAAACGGUUGUUUUUAUAUUAACACUUGCUGUUUACGGUGUCUUAACAAGCUGUAGGGGGGUUUUAAGAGGUGACAAGCGUGUCUUGUUUAAAGCUAAGUAGACUACAAAUAAAGGCCUGCAGUCUAAUUAAACAUUCAUUCUGUGAGGAAGCCAAACAGCAUAAAGAAACUCUUGCCUGUCUUUCGGGUCAAUAAGGUCUGUGUGUGCAGUUGUUUGUUAUUUAGGUCCUUCCCAAACAAGGCAGGCAGAGAAAAGUCAACUUCUACUUCAACUUUGUUAGUUUUCUUUAAUAAGUUUAACAGUUUGGCCCACAGUAGUGCUAAAUAAUAUUUUUUUUAAAUCAAAAUCAGACUUUUACUUUUAUUUGUUAUUUUUAAUAUAUUUAUGGUUCAUUUUAUGCCUUUUUAUUUUUUUAGAUAGUCAUUAGCAAGAUGACAUGAUGGGGAACUACAUGCAACAACAAAUGUCCCCGCGAAUCAGAGGUGUUGCAGUUUAUGGUCAGCGCGUCAACCCCAAGGCCACCAGGGAGCGCCGGGCUAUGAUUUUAAUUAUAACUUUAAUAAUUAUGUGAGAUUUUUUUCCUGAUAUAAUAACAGCUGCCACCAACAAAUUUACUCAGCUGUAGAUAAUUAAGGUUGGACCUAAAAAAACAAGCAGCUGCAUCACUUUAUUUUCUCCACUUACGUGCAAACAAGAUAAAAACUGAUAUACUUGGUACACUCGUACCUAGACCUGCAGUUUCAUCUACAGAAAAUGAUCACAAUAUGGAUCAGAUACAUUUUAAUUUGAAUAGUUCAACUCUCACCUUCAAAAUCUACAUCUUUUGUUUUUAGAUGACAAAAACAAACAUACGAUAAAGCGUAUAUAUAAUUUUCUUUAGAUACAAUUUUGUGAGAUUGACAUAAAAGCAUCGUGUCCCACUUCUCCAAGUAAUGACCAAACCGUCCAAAUAAUUUAAUCAGUAUUGUGAAUAUUAUCAAAUAUAUCCUGAAUGCAUAAAAAAAAUGUUGAAAGUAAAAGGACGUCUCCAGAAAUCAUAGCAUUUAUAUCCCAUGACAACCUGGGCAAACUCCCAUUUGCUGAGGAAGAUCAUGUGACACGAUCGAAAGCUUGAGUACAGCUACUAAAUGGACCUUGUGGUUAUUUCAGUUACUCUUUAACACGAAUGUAAAAAACAAACAAACUGUAAAUUAGUCCAGACCCCUUCACACUACCUCUAUAAUAACAGAGACUAUACUGAGACUAAAUAACGGGUUCAGAGAACGCAGUCCUGAUGUUUUGUGAAAGCUAAUUCUCCCAGACUCCUGCUGCGUACACACAACGCAUCCCACAACGCCACUGUGGUCCGUCCGGCUUCCUCGUGCAGCUGAUGUCGGCGUAAGAACGAGACAGCGAGCUUCCCAGCAGCGAAGCAGCUUCCUAACUGUCCACAACAUGUUCGUCAGGACACACAAGAGCUUGUGCAGGCAUCACGUGUGUGUGUGUGAGAGAGAGAGAGAGAUUGUAAUUUAUGUGUUUAUGAUGAUUGUAUGUGUGCGUUUGUCUGUCCAAACUGUAGUUUUCAUUUUCAUCACCCCAGUGGUCGGACUGCAACACACACUAAUUCACCUCAGGGAGAAAAACAAUCACCUGUGUCACAUCUACAAAUACACACACACACACACACACACACACUCACAGCUAAGGUCUUCUGAGGUUACCUCAUAAGUAUAAAAAAAAGAGUAGCCUAUAUUCUGGAUUAAAGGUUUUGUGUCUUGCCUCUCCUUCAUCCAGUAUUGUUGUGUUUUAAGGACUCCGAGGCGCCGUCUCUCUCUCUGUGGAUAAAGUGUGUGAGUAAGGGCUUCACUCAGUCUCUGCACUGUUAUCUCAACCCUGUUUUUAACACAAACACACGUCCGUCCUCCCCGCCUCCCACCACUCACUCCUCUUCUUCUUCUUCUUCUUCUUCUUCUUCUUCUGUCUCCUUGUGCUUGUAAAGGCAAAAGCGAAAGAAUGUUUCCAGCAAACACUUUUUUCUUUUCUUUUGGUAACAACAAUAAAGUGUAAAAGUGACACGUU